AUGGUGAACUCUUCCAAACUUUCCAGAGCGAGAACUAUGUAUGGAGCAAUGGCAAUGGCAACUGCGGUCUUUGCCGGCAUUUAUGUUGCGCGGACUUACAUAUUUGGUGCUAGGAAAGAAGAGGCUCAAGGUCCUAGACUUACGAGGUCCAUGUCCAUCGCAUUCCUCCAUGGAGGGCAGCUGGCCUUGCAGAGAUUGCUUGAAUAUCAUGAAGCUCGAGCGGAUAAAUCAGCAGUGGAGAUAGCUGAAUGUGAGUUGAGGACUCACCUUGUGGAGCAACGCCCUGAUUACAAGAAGCUGCAGUCGAUUGUUGCGAAGCUUGAAAUGAGUGGAAAAGAAGCCAAGGCAAUUGAAAUAUUGAAGAAAGCAAUAGCAAAGGCGCAUAACGAAGGAAAAAACCAUGAAGCAUAUGAAAAUGAGAUGCUACUGGUGGAAAUGCUUAUAUACAAGGGUGAUUUUGAGGAGGCGCUAAGCCGUGAAUGCUUGCAGCAUGUAGAGAUUUCAGAUGCAAGGCGUCCGCUGUACAAGGCUAUUAUUUACAUCAUGUUAAAGCGCAACAAGGAUGAAAUUAUAGAAUGCUGGAAAGAGUUUAACGCUCUAAAAGAACUCCAAAGUUUGCCUAGUGACAAUGAAAGCUUGGAAGAAAGCCAAAUUCAUAAACUCAGUACAAAUUAUGAGGAGUUCGAGAAGGUCGUCAACAUGCUCAGAAAUGACAUAGAGGGGCAAGCAAGGAAGAACAAGAAAUAAGAGAUGAGCUUUUCACUAGUAAAUUUCCCUUUGCUGUCAGAAAACAAAGGGAAAAAUAGAAAGCAGUCACACUUACAAUACAGUGCACGUGGAAGUGAUAAGUAAUCAUUUUGUAAUCUUUCUAAAGUUCAUUACAAAUUUCCAAUUAACCAAGAAUUACCUUUUAUUUUUUAGUCAAGAAAUCGGAAUGGUGUUAUAAGAUAAUGUUCUCUUACCAAAUUUAAUUUCGAUAAUAUAUUCAUAUAAAAAUUAACUUACUCAA